UUCCGGCCUCGCACCCCGCCUCCCACUCCGAACCCGCUCCCCGCUUCCACUCUUCCCCUCAGGACCGCGCGCCGGGGGCUUCAGCCGGGUGUGGCGGGCGCUAGAGGGGUUCACCGCGGGGUCCUCGGUUUUCCCAACCCAGAGCGGAGGCGGCGCGGCGCCCGAGCCUGGGCAUGGCGGCCCCAGACGCGGCGGCCGCUGCGGCGGCUGAGGGCGCGGGGUCGGCCCCCUGGGCGCGGCUGGAGGCCCCCGCCCGCCUGCUGCUGCAGGCGCUGCAGGCGGGGCCCGAGGGCGCGCGGCGCGGCCUCGGGGUGCUGCGGGCGCUGCGCCGCCGCGGCGGGGAGCCCUUCUGCUGGGGCGGCUUCCUCGAGGCGCUGUGCCGGGAGGAGCCGGUCGUGCAGGGGCCUGACGGCCGCCUGGAACUGAAACCGCUGUUGCUACGAUUGCCUCAGUUAUGCCAGAGGAACCUGAUGACCCUGCUGAUGGCUGUCCGGCCGUCGCUGCCCGAAAGCGGGCUCCUCUCUGUGCUGCAGAUUGCCCGGCAGGACUGUGUCUCGGACCCUGACGCCUGGCUCCAGGCCCUGGGAGAACUGCUGCGGAGGGAUGUGGGGGUCGGGGCCUCUGGCCAGGCACCCUCCCCACUGUCUGACAGUUGCCAGAAACAGCUCCAAGGCCUGUGUGGGCGGCUGGGACACGGGGGCAGGAGGUUGACAUUGCCCCAGGCACCAGACCCCAAGGAGAAAGAGGAGGAAGAGGACAGGGACUCCCAGCAGCGUGGGAAACGCAGGAAGGAGCCCGAGGAAGAGCCUGCCACUUCUGAUGGGGAGAAGGCCCCCAAAAGGUUGCGGUAUUCAGAAAGGGAAGAAGAGGAAGACAAGGAAGAAGAGGAGGAGGAGGGGGGAUCUGAGCACGAGUCACUGGAAUCCCUGGCAGAUGGAGGAGUCGUGGCACUGGUGGAGAGCCACCCUGUUGUGGGAGCGGAGAGCGGUGAGGCUGGCCGGAGCACGGAAGACGCGCGGGGCCCUGCUCUGAGUUUGGAGUUGCCCAAAGCUGUCCAGGACCAGGUUCCCAGGCUGCAGCAGCUGCUGAAGACUUCUGGGAAGGGAUUGGAGGGGUUCGAGGACGCCCCCCCAGUGGAGCUGCAGCUACUCCACGAAUGUAGUCCUGACCAGGUGGACCUGCUGUGUGCCCAGCUGCAGCUCCCCCAGCUCUCCGACACGGGCGUCCUGCAGCUCUGCACCUGGCUGCUGGCCCUCUCCCCAGAUCUUAGCCUCAGCAAUGCGACUGUGCUGACCAGGAGCCUCUUUCUUGGACGGAUCCUCUCCCUGACCUCCUCGGCCUCCCGCCUGCUCACGGCUGCCCUGACCGCCUUCUGUGCCAAGUAUACCUACCCGUUCUGCAGAGCCCUCCUCGGCCCCGUGCUCCAGGCCUCAGGCACAGGUCUAGCUCAAACCGAGUUGCUGUGUUGCCUUGUGAAGGACAAGUCCCUGGAGCCGGCCACACGGGUUCUAAUGCUAGAGCAAAUCUUGGAUCUGCCCUGGAAGGAGGAGACUUUCUUGGUGUUGCAGUCACUCUUGGAGCAACAGGUGGCGAUGACCCCCGAAAAGUUCAGUGUCCUGAUGGAGAAGCUCUGUAAAGAGGGGCUGGCGGCCCCUGCCUCCAUGGCCUGCGCCAAACUCAUGCUGACGGUGAUGACCAAGUACCAGGCCAGCAUCACAGAGACCCAGAAGCUGGGCCUGGCCACGGCCCUGGAAUCCAACACCACCUUCCUGAGGAAGUCCCUGCAGGCUGCCCUGCGACAUCUGGCCUCCUGACCGCCCACCAGGGGACCCCUGGCCUGGAGCCCCUCACCUGACUCCUGCAGGACGUGGCUGCGCUGCCCCUAGCCUUGGAAGAGGGCUGAGCCCAGCUGUCCUGGGGACCAGCUGCCUCCCUGCUGCAGGCUGCAGAGAGGCUGCCGGGAGAGCAGGGCCCUCCUCCUGGGCUGGGGCCGGAUGAGCACUGUUUGCAAAGGCUGCUGGCUCGCUUCUCAUCACUUCUUGCUAUGGCCACAGAGACCGGGCCGCUGGCUUAGGUCGGCCCAAAGCAGACCCAGGGUGGACACAAGGCGCUCCAGGAGAUCAGCGUCCUGUGUGACAGCACACGUCUCCUGCUCAGGUGUGUGUCUGACCAUCAGUGUUUCAUGUGACUUGAUAAUAAUUUAUCGAUGGUAUUUAAUAAAAAGGAUGGUAUUUAAUAAAAUGUCUUAUUAGAAGCUGUGC